AUGAAUUCAGAUUCUAAUAAAAGCUCUGAAUUUAUUCAAAACUUCAUUCAAACCAAGGUCGAUAAUAUAAUUCUGAAUGGUGAAUUAUAUCGUCCGACCAAUAAGAACGCAGGGAUUUGCAUAUUUGUUCAUGGAUCAGGAUCUAAUAGAUUUAGUCCAAGAUACGUUGCGAAAGUCUUGAGAUCAUAUGGGAUAGGUACAUAUUUGUUAGACCUCCUUACUUUAGAGGAAGAGAGGAUUGAUGAAUUGACAAGGCAUUUGCGAUUUGAUAUAGAUAUGUUGUCCAAAAGAGUAGUUUCAGUGAUUGACCAAAUUCAUAAAGACGAAACCUUGAAAGGAUCACCAAUUGGAUUGUUUGGGGCUUCAACCGGAGGAGGAGCCGCGUUGUUAGCAGCUUAUGAACGUCCGAAUCAUGUCAAAUUGGUUGUCUCUCGUGGUGGUAGACCCGAUUUGGUAAAUGACGAAAUUCUUAAGAAAAUAAAAAUCCCAACUUUAUUCAUCGUAGGUGGAAAGGAUCCUACAGUUUUGAACUUAAAUCAAAUAGCUUAUAAUAAUUUAGGUAGUGAAAUCAAACGUUUGGAGGUUAUUCCAGAUGCUACUCAUUUGUUUGAAGAACCAGGUUGUCUCGAAAAAGUGGCAGAUCUUGCAGCUCAAUGGAUGAAGCAAUACUUGAAAUGCAAAACAGAAGAGUAA